AUGAAGACUUGACUCACUGAUAACUCGGAAUGAAGGACAGUGCUUAUAAACCAUCUGUCCCUCAUCAGAACAACUGAGAAGCUGCCUGUCUUCCCAUUUUGGAGUAUACAGUCCAUACCUACAUAUACUCACAUAUUUCGUGACAACCAUUUGUACCUGUGGGACAUUGCCACUUGAAGAAAACCUAUACCUUAAUUUUAUAGUAUUUUAUUGGUGUGUCUGAGAAGAAGGCAGUUUGUAGUGCUUGGACCCCCCCACUUCAGGGGAGAGAAACCUCUGACACAAGCAUUUGAAGACCAUGACAUCCAACAUUUCGAUCUUUCUCUGCCUGUUGCUGGUGUCUUGUGGUUCGACUGCAGUCAUCACCGGGGCAUGUGAGAAGGACUCUCAGUGUGGAGGUGGCAUGUGUUGUGCAGUCAGCCUGUGGAUCCGGAGUCUACGAAUGUGCUUCCCAAUGGGUCAGGAGGGAGAAGACUGUCAUCCAAUGAGCCACAAGGUGCCCUUCUUUGGCAGGAGACUCCAUCAUACAUGCCCUUGUCUGCCCAACUUAGCCUGCAUCACCAUAGCUGAUGGCAAGUCCAAAUGUCUCUCGCCAUUUCCAUUCCAGGAUCAGUACCUGUGAUGAAGAUGUUUACCUGUAUACCAUGCAGAUGUUUGUACAAAGUGUAUAGUUGCAAAAGUGUUUAUUUGAUUGAUUUUAGAUUCAUUUAAUUGAAUUUAUUUAAUCUUUAUGGAAAAUGGAAAAUAAAUUGUAAGUAUAGGUAAUAAGUAAAUUAUAGCAAUGAGGUCAUAAAAUGCAAGCGCUAUUGCCAAAAUGUCAGAAUAUGACCAAAUAAAUAAAUAUUACAAUUAUUCUUUUGGUUGUUUAAAAUAUUAUACACUAGGGUAGUAUAAUGUAAGUAUAUAAGCCAUUAACUGUGUUUUUUAACAGAAAGAUGUGGGCCACUGAAACUUUGGUUACAGGUUGUAAUAGCUAUUUGAACCUGGCACUAAAUGCUACAUCAAGUAUAGCAUACAGGUAUGGUCAACGUGUGGUGGUUGUUAUCAGAGCGGUGUGCAAUAGCUCUUUGACAGUUCAUUAGUCAAGGACUAAAACACAAUCAUUUUGUUUCUUACUGAACCCAUUUCAUAUUUUUGAUAAUGUUUUAGCAACACUUAAAGGUUACAUAAAUAUAAAUAUAAAUCAGUUCUAUUAUUAUCAGGUGAUGUACACUGUAAUUUCAUUUCAUUUAGUAUGCCAUUCAUGCCAUUUAAUUUCACUAAAUCGUAUGCUUUCAAGAGCUUUGGUACCUUUGUAGAGGAACAUUUCACACUUGCAAUUUAGAAGCAGGUUUUUGAAAGCCUUCUUUGGGGCAAGGUUAGCAGCGUUUUGGGAAAAAAGUGGCAAAUGGUGAUGGAAAACGCGUGAGUUGGACUAAAAAAAAGAGACUUAUUCCAUCCUUGUAAUGUUCUAUUCUUAUCCUUACCUUUAUAGUGUGAAAAGUCCAUUCAGGAAAAACUAGAGCUCUCAUGUAAACAAUGAUGCUGACAAUGCAAAUAUUCAAAAAAGAACAGGGUUUAAGAAUGUGAAUUGUCAUCUUAUGAAUAACCAGGAAUCAUUUUUAACCCUGGGUAAAUUAUGAGCAUGGUGAAACAAGGUAAUGUUG